AAUCAACAAUGGAGGGUCAUCAAUCACUCCCGCAUGCCUUAAUUGUCCUCGCUCCAUAGAAUCCCACAUAACUGUGACCUUUGCGGCGUCCUUGGAGUAAUGUAUCAUAAAAUUAUGGAUUUCACAUUUCCGUGAUUCCUAACGAGUUCGGCGGAGAAAAAUUGAAAACUUCCCGGGCGGAGGUCCGCGGAAGUCGCGCGGGGGCAACAGGUGGGUUCCGCCCGUGCGGUCGCGGCCGACAAGGGGACGGCGGAACCGGGAGAGAAAAGAUCUCUCGCUAUCGACCAGUACGGGGCCUAGUUUUAAAAAAUCAUCGAUCGCGCACCCCUCCUCCCUAGAUGAGAAGGCAAAAAGAGCGCGCGGGGAUUCCGCCUCCAUUCACCUCGGCGGCAGAAGCACUUGUUCAAUUAUUGACUGCGUAUGAUGGAUGGGGCGCGGGCCGGCCUAAUAGCCGAAGACUCCAUGCUAAAUGUUACGCUUGAGUAUUGGAUCGGGAAAGUCUAUAAUACCGGGCUGCUCUUCCAAGGUUAAAGGACCACGAAGCAUCAAGCAGCGCUGUGGCGUACCUGACCCUGACGUGCUGUUGGACCUGACUGACGAAACAGGCCUUAUCAAGGAGCUGGACCUCCACCCCAGAGAGAACGCCGGGAAGUUCUUGGCGCCUAAGACGACGUACGUCUUGGUGAAGAAGGUCCUGGUGUCACACGGCAGCAGCGACGAGGAGGCCAAGUCAACCAGCAAUAAGACAUCUCCCGCUCAGAACAAGGAGUACAG